CGCCUCCGGUCCGCGAUGGACACGGCGGCCGCGGCGAGGCACCAGCACCACCCGGCGCUCGGCCGGCGGCGGCGCGGGGGCAGCGGCGAGGUGGUGCGGUGCUCCACGUCGCCGGCGCAGGAGUUCGCAGCGCUGGCGUCCGUGUUCCGGCGGAGGCUGGUGGUGGGUGCGUCCACGGCGGCGGCGGCCGCCGUGGGGGCCAACUUCGGGGGCGUCACCAGCUUCCUCCUCGGCCUCUCCCCGGAGCUCGGCCGCUCGCUCAGGCUCGACGUGCUCUACCCCGUCGGCGGGUUCACACGCUGCCUCGACUCCGACAACGGAUUCGAGUUCAUCUAUCCAGCAAACUGGGUUGGAGAUCAGACAAUACUAUACAAUCAAGUGAGGAAAGCAGAACAGCAGAGAUCACUAGACCCUCCACCAUUGUCAAAUGGGAGGUUAUCUCGACCUCAGAAUACCAGUGGACCUGUGGCAGCUUUUGGCCCCCCAGGAUCCAAUGGGGAGCUUAAUGUUAGUGUCAUUGUGUCACCUGUCCCACAAGACUUCUCGAUCGAGUCUUUUGGUGGUCCGAAAGACGUCGGGGAAGUGGUGCUCCGAAGGAUCGCAAGGACAAAGCGGAAUCCGGAUAUCAGAGCUACUCUUAUCGAUGCUUCGUUGAGAGAAGAUGCCGAGACCAAUGUCAAGUACUACAAGCUAGAGUUCUGUGUUGAAAGCCCUUCGUUUCGACGACACAAUGUCGCAGUGUGCUGCGUUAAGGAUGGCAGGCUGUACACCCUGAAUGCCCAGGCACCGGAAUCGGCGUGGAAGGCAGUUCAGAAAGAGUUCUUUGCGAUGGCGGAUUCCUUCAGUCUAGUGAUCGAUGUUUGAUCUUGUAAAUACACAGUUUUGUAUCCCUGACACUUGAGCCUUUUAUCCAUUAGCCUGGAACUUGCCUUGCACAUGUCACGGUUUCACUUAGACGAGAUGUAAAUGUAACGUAAAUGUUGUGUAUCAUAAUGUUCUUUGUUA